UGUCCAACACUUGUCUGAGACAAGCCCAUAUUGCCACGAACUAUGGUCUUUCUUUUCAGCCCACGAGACACUGCUAGAGCCCAGUAUUGGCAAAAAACUAAAAUCUCAACCAAAGCGUUAAAAAUCUCCCACACUUUUCCCUAUAUAAUUUAACCUAAAACCCCAAUUAUCUCGCGUCGCCAAGCCCCAAAUUUAACUCAAAGCUACAACCUUUUUCUACUUAACCUGAAUUUUUUUGCUUGAUUUUUAUGUUCGUACAGCACGCAUCGAAGUCUUGCACGUGAUUUUUAUCGAAAAUCCUGUGAGCUCAAAAGCUGUGCAAUAUCAUAAGUUUUUAAUUAGGUUAACAGAAUGUCAAACCCCAAAGUUUUCUUUGAUAUUUUGAUUGGAAUACAUUGAUAUUUGAAGAAAACUGGUAAAAGAGAUCGAGAUGCUGGAAUUUGACCAUAAAAUAUAGAAAUCACAGGAACUCACCGGUUGCUGUUGAUGACAGAUAUCGAAACUUUUAGCCAAUGUAUAGUAACUUUCACCAAUUGAAAAGCCCAGGACUGCUUUCAAUCUCAUUUAUAGCCGUGAAGUUCUGUCAGUUUUUCAGGAGGUUAUCUUAAAAAGUUUUGCUUCUUUUUGCACCUAAUGAGGUCAGUGGCAGCAACUUUUCCUUUUUGCUUCAAUGGCGUGGUACUGGAUUUGUUUUUGUUAAGAAUACUGGUCACCUGAUUACCCUGGUAGAGUUACAAUUAGACAAUGAUAUUCCACUGUUAACCAGUUAUCAUCAUGGCUAAACAAAUAUGGUUAUGCCCGCUGAAUUUGGAAAAUUAGAGCAGUGAUCAUAACUUCACAUUGGUCAGUUUAGUCAACAUUAUCUCUUUGGAUUUAGGAAAAAAAAAAAGGUGAGAUAUUAUCUUCUGUUGCCAAAUCCAGCAAACGAUUGAAGGUUAGCCGAGGGCUUGAUCAGACCUGGUUUAAUUCAUGAUCAAAAGAAGAAACCAGAGAAAUUUUACAAUCAGUUUAGAACACAAACAUAACUUGCAUUCGAUAUUGCAUCUUCUUUGCCAGGCAUUAGUGGCAAACUCUGCCCUUGUCCAUCAAGAAAAGGAAUGCAGUAAAACUUACAUUCUACAUGUUUUCAUAUGACAUCUGGGGCUGUUUAGAAUUUAGACUCUUCACAGAAGUUCAAUCUUUCCAUCUAUUUUUUGAAAGUCUUCUAAAAACAUAAGUUUCACAUUGUGAAAGGAGCUAUCCCGAACAAUUGAUAAAAAAACAAAAUAAUGUGCCAUCUUGAUGAGAUGAUAUAAUAUAUUUUAAUAAGCACGUGGAAAAUAAAAAAUUCUUAAAUAUUUAGAAUUAGUUGUUCCAGCUGGUGAGAAACUUUAUCUGUUUUUAGUUCUUUGUAAGCAACUUUGACAAAUAAACAGCUAAUUUCUUACCCCAUCCAGCUGAAUUGGUGAAUAUUAAUAUGAUUGCUUGCUUUGUUGUCUGAAUGCUCUUUUGCAUACAUAUAUGUUAGUUGUUGGCUUCUUCUGUCAAGCCAGACCAUUGUUAUUGGUUGACCAAGGCUUCUUUGGCUUCGGAAGAAGUUCUGCAUAAACCACCGGCAGAAAUGGAUAUUGACACUGACCUGCAGAAAGUUUUACCUACAGAAGAACACGAUUAUGAUAGAGCAAAAGAGCUGAAGGCCUUUGAUGACACAAAAGCCGGUGUUAAGGGACUUGUUGAUGCUGGUGUAGUUACAAUUCCUCGAAUCUUUUUCAUGCCGCCUGAAGAUAUACUGUCUGCAAAGUUGGAUGAUCAUGAUAGUUUUCAGGUUCCCAUCAUAGAUCUAAGAGAUCCUGCUGCACAUGCAGAAAUUGUUGAAAAGAUCAGAUAUGCAUCAGAGAAAUGGGGAUUCUUCCAGGUUAUAAACCAUGGCAUCCCACAAGAUGUCAUGAACAAGGUCAUUGCAGGUGUUCAUAGAUUCCAUGAGCAACCGAAAGAGGUGAAGAUGAAAUUUUACUCACGUGAGAACGAGAAGAAAGUGAGAUUUAUCAGCAAUUAUGAUCUGUACGUGUCAAAAGCUGCAAACUGGAGGGACACUUUGUAUUGUGCCAUGGCUCCAAACCCUCCACCUCCCAAAGAGUACCCAGUUGCCUGCAGAGAAAUAUUGAUAAAGUACUCAGAGGAUGUUCAGAGCUUAGGCCAAAUGCUUUUUGGGUUGCUGUCCGAGGCCCUUGGUCUCAAUCCUUCUCACCUCACAGAUAUGGGGUGCAUGGAAGGGCAUGUCUUUGUUUGUCACUACUACCCAGCUUGCCCUGAACCUGACCGGACUAUAGGGCAUGCCAUACACUGUGAUCCUGACUUCCUUACAAUCCUUUUACAAGAUCAAAUUGGAGGCCUCCAAGUUCUUCAUGAAGAUCACUGGAUUGAUAUCCCUCCACUGGAAGGAGCACUCAUAGUUAAUAUUGGCGACCUCUUACAGCUAAUCUCCAACAAGAAGUUCAGAAGCGUUGAGCAUAGAGUUUUGGCUAAGCGGGCAGGCCCAAGAAUAUCAGUAGCAUGCCUAUUCACCACAUUUUAUCAACCAUCUAACAAGCUUUAUGGCCCCAUAAAGGAAUUGUUAUCAGAAGAAAGUCCACCUUUGUACAAGGAAACCUUGAUAAAGAAUUAUCUGUAUUCCUUCCGCUCCUUGGGACGUGACAACGACUCUGCACUUGCUUUUUUGAGAUUGUAAUGAUGAAAAGAAUAA